AUGACGAGGUUGUUGUUGGGUGGAUUUUCUUUGUCAAUAGUUGGAGACAACAGGUGUACUAAGGGUAUGGUUGAGAAAGGUGCUAGUGUGUCCGUCCUCCCCAAAACUAUUUACAAGAAGUUGAACAUGGGAGAAUUAAAAUUUACCACCAUUACUCUUCAAAUGGUCGACCAUUCUAUUAUAUACCCUUUGGGUGUUUUAGAAGACGUCCCUGUAAGAGUAGGUAAAUUCUAUAUUCCUGUAGACUUUGUUGUGGUUGACAUAGUAGAGGACACCCAGAUUCCAAUAAUCUUAGGAAGAUCGUUCAUUCAUACUGCGGGGGAAGUUAUAGAUGUUAAGAAAGGGAAGCUAACCUUGACUAUAGGGGAUGACAAGGUGACCUUUAGCUUGUCUCAUGUGAUGAAAAGGUUUACAGGUGAUGGUGAUCCUGGUGAUGCAGUUGAUGCUAGUCCCACAGUUGGAGCAAGAGGUUCGGUACUAGAUGGCACCGGGUUUGGUGCCCCUGGUCGGUGA